AUGUUACAGCCGGCUGAGAGUUUCGGCCAAAUAUAUAUGCCGAUCAAGGUGUCAAGAGUUGACGACUUUUUCCAGCUCGACAAAUAUCAGCUGUUAAUGCUGUUGUAUAAUGAGCUGUUGAUUUUUAUGAUCCUCAGCAACCAGGCUUUCAACGUUUUUGGGGUAGCGCCUCCAACGCUAGUUGGCUGCGAUAAUGUGAAGUAUAAUGCCACUACAAAGGCCGGUUUGUGCGCUAUCUACGAUGCUGAUCUCACUUGCAAAGAGCCGAUGUUAAAGUAUGAAUUUUAUAGUGCUACCAUUGAGUUCCAACAACUUUGCCACCGUCGUGAUUACACGUUUUUGGACAAGAUUAUCGAGAACCUCGGGAUCAAGGAUAAAUCGGUGUUCAGUACCACAAUCCAAAUGGUCGGCCUGAUGGUAGGGGCGGCUGUGGCUGGCCAAUUGAGUGAUUCCUACGGUAGAAGAAAGGUGCUCCUAGCCUCCAUGAUCCUAAUUUGCAUAUUCUCCACGAUUCUCUCAUUCUCCCCUUCUAUCGAUUUUUAUGUGCUUUGUCGUUUCUUUAUUGGAAUUUUUAUUGGAGCACUAACGACUGUUGGCCCAAUUUUUGUGCUUGAAUGCCUGCCAGCAGCUCAUAGAAUGUGGAUUGCUACCGUUGUUACCUGGGGUCCGAAUUUCAUGAUUCUUUCAUUAAUCGCGUAUUUCACCCGUGAAUGGCGGCUGCUUAGUCGAGUAUGCAAUGGGAUUUCGGUUUUCGGAAUCUUGGUCCUCGUAUUCUGCCUCGAAGAAAGCCCUAAAUUUUACGUCCAGCAACGGAAGCGAGAAGAGGCUAUCAAGGCGCUCACCAAUAUUAAUAAAUGGAAAGCGCCAAAGAACAGGGUUCCUCAUAGCCAAAUUAUCGCGAUUGUACACAAAGAAACAGGGGGAGACGAGGCGACCGAAGCCUUGCUUGACAAGAAGAAGCUCACAACGAAAAAAUACUCCUUCCUUGACUUAUAUCGCCCUGCUUCAAUCGCCAGAUUGACGGCCGUCACGUCAUUUGGAUUAUUCUCCGUUUCGCUUACAACAUAUGCGCUGCUUUUUAAUUUGCAUGUUAUUCCGGGAUCGCUGUUUUUGAAUGUGGCGGCUAGUGGGCUAUUGCGAUGGGCGAUUGGAGCUGUGGUUGCGUUUGCCGACCACUUUGGCGGCGUCCGGGUCGGCCGGAAGUUGCUUCAUUUUGUGACGGUGGGCGCGGUCGUCGCCUGCUUUAUCAUAUUGUUCUUCGUCGUUUUUAAUGGAUGGAAACCCGACUAUCCUCUACUCGUGCAAAUUUGCACGCUAAUCGCCUUUGGCAUUACGGGAUGCAUUUUCUUGCAGAUGGCGCUGGCGGUUGCCGAGCAAUUCCCGACUCCUAUUCGAAAUCUCGCAAAUGCAAAUGCUAAUGUUUGUGGCAGAUUGGGGAGCGUUUUUGGGCCUUUGCUCUUCUCUAUGGUACGA